GUUAUCAGUUAUAAUCACUGUAAAAUUACAGACAUUAUCUUCUCAUCGUCUUCUCCUAUAAGACGGGUAACAGUCUCUACAGUAAUAUCGGUGAAUUAUAUUUUAAAAAAGAUAAAGUCGUCAGUUCAGUGUCCGAAAGCCACACACAAACGCUGGUGAUCUGUUUCUCAACACAUCGUGAGCAGUGUACAGGUGGAGUCAGAAAUGCGCCGGAGCAGCAGUUUUCUGGGCCGUACUGAGGUCAGAUAUGAGACCCCUCCUGCAUCUGAGCUUCAGAGGUUACUGUGGAUCAAACCUGCAAGCAGCAGUCACCUGGACGAGGUCAGACCGGGAAUCUACAUCGGAGACAUGUAUGCAGCGAAGAACAAACAUUUGCUACAAUCUCUUAAAAUCACACACGUGUUGAACGCAGCUCACGGGAAGUUUAGUGUAAACACAGGGGUCAGUUAUUACAGAGACACCAACAUCACAUAUCACGGGGUGGAGGCGUUUGACAUGCCCUCUUUUGACCUCAGUCCGUUCUUCUACUCGGCUGCAAAGUUUAUCAAGAGUGCCGUGAGCACCCCCGGAGGUAAGGUGCUCGUGCACUGUGCGAUGGGUUUGAGUCGCUCUUCAACUCUUGUAUUAGCGUAUCUGAUGGUUCAUGAAGACAUGACGCUGGUGGAAGCCAUCAAAGCAGUCGCUGAACACAGAAACAUCUGUCCAAACUCUGGAUUCAUGGAACAACUCCGAGAACUGGACCAGAACCUCCUCGGCCGGAGCUCUGCUGUCUGAGCAUCACACAUUUAGAAUUACUUAGAAAUAGCGUAGAUAUCAUAAAAGACAGUAAAAACCUUUUUGACAAAAUACAUACAGCUUUAAAUGCACCUGAUUAAAUCACAUACGGAAUGUAAUUUGUAGAUGAAAAAUACAAAAAAACAAUAAAUAAAUCAAUACUAAAGAUAUUUUGAGAAAUGUCGGUGGGUCAGUCUUUACAUAAGAUGUUGCACACUACACUAAAGUCAAGAACCGGAUUGAAAACAGUUGAUUUAAUUUGAAGGCCAAGACAGACGUGUAUCCACAUUAUUGUCACUCACAUUCAGUUGUUUUUGUGUUUUAUAUUUUUCUGUGUGAAAGAAGCUGUUAAAAUCUGAUGAAGUUUUUUAAAUAAUUGUGCCUCUAUACAGUGCUGUUGUUUCAGCAGGAAUCGAGUGUUAGACAAACAGGUUUACAGUUUUGUUGAAAGAUUAGUUAGAAACCGUUUUUGCAGGGGUAAAUAGAGUCCAUUUUAAACUGAGGUUUGUUUCAAUCUAUCCAAAACUAAUACUUAAAUUACUGUACAAACGUCUGCACUAAUGCACACAAAAUUGAACAGCGUGACGAUAUUAAUAAAUAUUGAAAAACAAUGUUGUUCAUUGUCAGUUGGAUUUACUACUGUUAAUAAUUACGACCACAAAACCAAAAUAUUUGUGGCAAAAGCC